GCACGCACGCUAGACCGCAGUUUGGUGGCGCUUGCAUGCAACAUUUUAGCUACAGUAACAUUUAAUAUUUUCAGGUGCAGAGUAUGGAACCCUCAGAGCAUCCAGAAACCUCUGGCUCUUUUCAGAUGGCCAAUGAGAAUGUGCACCUAGACCUUCUAUCAACACAGACUGAUAUGGACCUGUUUUCUGGGCAUGCCGAUAUGGGCCUGCUGCCUGCUCAGACUGAUGUAGACCUACUGUCUCCACAGAGUGAUAUGGACCUACAGACUGAUAUGGAGGUGACCUGCUCACAGGGAACAGAGGGACAAAGUGGGCAGCAGCAGAAUCUUGAUGAGCUGACAACCAUUCUCACCCAAUCUGAAAGACAGAGGCAGAAAACUCAGGACAGCCUGAGCAUCCUGGGGGACCCAGACUCAUUGGAACUGUCCAAAGCCCAGGUGGAGGAGUUUUACAGCCGCACAGUCCUUCCCGGGCCCUCAGACCUUCCCGGGCCCUCAGACCUUCCCGAACAUUCAGGCCCAGCUACAGGCCUCAAUCAGGAUGAGCGGAGCGGGCAGGGCCACACAGAAGCCUUGCCAGAAAUGGGCGCUGAGCCAGGGACAGACAGGCUGGAGGUCACAGAGGGAACUCAGACUGUAACUGGUACACCGAUGUCGGAGACUGGAGAGGAGCGAAUGGACAUAGUACUAGAAGAUCCCUCUGCAACUUCUCAAGAUGACGUUGAUCCAAAUAUGCCUUCUAUAGUCAGCGUAGAGGGUUCACACUCUGAGGAUGGUCCAGGCAAAGAGGAAGCCUUAUCAUUCUUUGGAUUGGUGCCAAAGGUAGAAGACACAGGCACAGCAGAGAAAAAGAAUGAGAGAGAACAACCAGUGAGGGGCAGUAUGUCCCCACUAUCAUCCUGGGCCCAGCCAUUGACACCAGGUGAAGCUGAGGAACAACCUGAAACUGAGGUCGCCAUUGAGGAUCCAAAAGUUUCUCAAAGUGGUCAAAAUACUACGGGGAGAAAGAGAGGCCGUCCUCGUCGUGGAGAAGUGAGGAAAAACAUUACGUCUGAUGGAGACCAGCUAACAGACAGCGACUCUGACGAUACAGCUGACGAUCCGAGGGACACAGACUUUGACCCUGCACGGUCAGGCCUCCGACGCUCCACCAGGGCCUCCCAAAGGAGCCAAAACACCCUGUCCCCCCGGCUCAUUGCUCCCAAGCCGUCUUGCCCUGCCUCUACCCCUGGGUACACCCAGAGGUCUGGAGGACCCCCUCCACCCCGGCUGCCACCCCCUCGCCAGCCUACCAGAGUCCUCUGUGCCAAUUGCAGUGGAAUGCUGCAGAGCGGACAGACAGCCUACCAGCGCAGGGGUCAGCCUCAGCUCUUCUGCAGCUCCACCUGCCUUAACUCCUUUGGCAAGAAAGCCCCCAAGAAAAAGCCCUGUGCUUUCUGUAAAAGGGACAUGGGGAAUAGUAAAGACACCAUGCUUGCACAGGUUGGCCAGUCACAAUCCUUCCAAGAAUUCUGCAACAACACUUGUCUUUCCAUGUAUGAGGCCCGGCUGGAGAAGGGUUCGAAACAGCCCCCCAAACCAAGUACCCCUGGCCAAAGAUGCAGUGUGUGCAACCACAUGCGUGAGAUCAACCAUGAGGUAACCAUGGGCAAUGUGAUUCACCUCAUGUGCAGUGAUGCCUGUUUCAACCGUUUCCGGGCCACCAAGGGCCUGAAGACCAGCUGCUGUGACGCUUGUGGCACCUACAUCAACACCUUCACCUCCCGGCCUGAGUACCUACUGCAUGAGGGCCAACAGAGGAGGUUCUGUAACUCCUCCUGUCUCAGACUCUAUAAGAUGAAAAACACUAAGGUGCUCUCGUGCCAGUGGUGUAGGACUUUGUGUAAGAUCUUUGACAUGCUGUCUAAAGUGGAUCAGUAUGGGAACACCAAACACUUCUGUUCUUUGUGCUGUAUUGCUUCACAUAAAGUGAAAACUUCUGGGGACACAGUUCCCAGUGACUCUUGCAGUUUCUGCAAAAGAAGCCCCUCUGAACCGUACUACUGUAAAGCAAAUGAGACCAUUUACGUCUUCUGUAGCCCUAGCUGUUGGAGCACAUUUCAGCGCAACAGUCCCAAUGGAGAUCUCUACUUCAACUGUGUCUCCUGUCAUAACAUGUUCAAUGGGAAACCAGUAAUCUUAGAUUGGCAGGACUCAAUAUAUCAGUUUUGCUGUAAGGAGUGCUGUGAGGACUACAAGCGCCUGAAUGGUGUGGUUUCUGUGUGUGAGCACUGCAAGCAAGAGAAACCUCUGCAUGAGAAGAUGAAGUUCUCUGGGGUGGAGAAGGCGUUCUGCAGUGACGGUUGCAUACUACUAUACAAGCAAGACUUUGCUAAACAACUGGGCCUGUGCUGUAUAACUUGUACAUACUGUUCUCAGACCUGCUCACGGGCGGUCACAGAGGAACAGGAUGGCAACACGUGGGACUUCUGCAGCGAAGAUUGUAAAAGCAAAUACUUCCUGUGGUCCCUGAAAGAAGCAAAGUGCCAUGCCUGCAAGCGUCAGGGGCAGCUCCUGGAGACCAUCCACUGGAGGGGAGAGAUCAAACACUAUUGUGACGAGCCGUGCCUCCUGCUCUUCUACAGCCAACAGAACCAGCCCAACCUAGACACCAAGCAGGGCCCUGAGAGCCUGCUCAACAGUGCUACAUGUAAUUCCUCAGAUUCUACGCCUCCCCCUGCUGCUACAAAGACAAGUGAAGCCACAGAAAGAGUACUGACAAGGACUGUAGCCAAGCCUGCUCCUCCCGUCACUCCACCUAUCUCCCAAAGGAACAAAUCCUCCAUGUGUAAACCCAUGAUGACUACUACCGGUGUCACAUGUAAACCUGAGAUGAAGUCCCAGAGUUCCCAGACAGAUGAUUUCUUGCAGUCUCCACCUGCGAUGUUGCCAGUCCCUGUGCCUGUGUUUGUUCCUGUGCCUUUGAAUAUGUACUGUCAAUACACUCCCAUAACAAUGGCCCUGCCUCUGCCGCUCCCAGUCCCCAUGUUCCUACCUGUCACACUGGAUCAUAUCGAUAAGCUUGUGGAAUAUAUAAAAGAGCUGAAACUCCAGAUCCCGUCUGAUCCACUGGAGGCUGACAUUCUGGCCAUGGCAGACAUGAUAGCAGAGGAGAGUAAAGGCAAGGGCUCCUCUGAUCUGUCUGAUCUGGACAGUGAACAGAAAGCAGGCCCGUUGCUGAGGGACUACAGCUUAUUUGAGUCUUCAUCCCAAGAUGACAUCCUCUCCAUGGCUGUCAAUAUGGAUGAUGUGCUGACUGAGCCAGGUCAAGACCCAGUAGAUGAGCUCACCAAAGCUUCCCUGGACCUGAACCCCAAUGUUGAUUUUCUCUUUGACUGUGGGAUUCCGCCACAUGCUACUUCACCAGAGCAGAGCUCCAACGUCGCUGUUCAGAAGGGUCCCAAGCGUCAGGCCAUGCCAGAGAUGACCUUACAUGAUCCCCUGGACAGUCAGCCUCUUGGUGCUGGCUUGAACAGCUCCCUUGGGGUCAAAGCCUGGAGGUCAUGGUCCCAAAGCAAGCACUCAGACGCUGAUGACAGAAAACAGAAACCAUUAGACCUUCUGUUGUGUAGUCCUGAGGAACUGAACCAUGGCCUGUCACAGUUUGUCCAAGACAUUGUUCAUCCCAGAGGACCAUGCUACAAGCCUGACAGCAUAUUUUACCUAUGUCUUGGUGUUCAACAGUAUCUCCUCGAAAACAACCGGAUGGUGAAUAUAUUCACAGACCAGUUAUAUGUCACCUUUGCCCAGGAGCUGAAUAAGAUUGUCAACAAAUGGCUGCCAUCUAACGGUGGUCUCGUGUCUCGUGUCCUGGAGGAGCACCUGUGGGAAUGUAAACAGCUGGGUGUGUACUCACCCUUCGUCCUGCUCAACACCCUCAUGUUCUUCAACACCAAGUCCUUUGGCCUAACCACCGUGGAGCAGCACCUCCAGCUCUCCUUUGCUACAGUCACGCGCCAGGCCAAGAGGAGGUCUACACCACAUGGCAUGGUCAAGUCAUCUAGUGUCUGCUACCACCCCAAAUCACAUCACAAGAGAACCAGCAAAGAGGUCGGCUUGGGAAAGAGGAAACGGGAUGAGGCUUCUGAGCUGGAGCAACAAGAGAACCGGAUGAACCCUCUCAGAUGCCCCGUCAAAUUCUUUGAGUUCUACCUCUCCAAAUGCUCUGAUGGUGUGCGGAGCAGCUGCAGUGCAUUCUACCUGCAGCCGGAGGGCACAUGUAUGGCCGAGAGUUCUCGCUGGUACUCUGACAUCCCCAUGGACAAGGGCAGGCUGGGAAUUAUGCUCAACAGGAUCCUGGCUGUCAAGGAUGUCUAUGAUGAGCACCCAGCACAGGAAGACAUGGACUGACAGCCGCACUGAUAGAUUGCACAACAAGUUUAUAUAGUGUACAUUGCUGACAUGGAAGCCGCUAGCACAAGGGAUGACAAGCAUAACUACAAUGCAUUUUUGUUCCAUGUUUUUUUUCUAUAUCACCCCUACACAAAUAGUUCAGUGAGCAUUUCCCCCCAUAGAAUUACCAUUAUACACUGAGUGCGCAAAACAUUAGGAACAACUUCCUAAUAUUGAGUUGCACCCGUCCCCCCACCUUUGUCCCCAGAACCGCCUCAAAUUGCCUGGGCAUGGACUGCAAGGUGUCGAAAGCGUUCCACAGGGAUGCUGGCCCAUGUUGACUCCAAUGCUUCCCACAGUUGUGUCAAGUUGGCUGGAUGUCUUUGGCUGGUGAACCAUUCUUGGUACACACGGGAAACUGUUGAGUGUGAAAAAUACAGCAGCGUUGCAGUUCUUGACACUCUCAAACCGGUUGGCCUGGCACGUGCUACCAUAACCUGUUCUAAGGCACUUCAAUCUUUUGUCUUGCCCAUUCACCACCAGAAUGGCACUGUCUCAAGGCUUACAAACCCUUCUUUAACCUGUCUCCUCCCCUUCAUCUACACUGAUUGAAGUGGAUUUUACAGGUGAAAUCUAUAUGGGAUCAUAGCUCCUGGUCAGUCUAUUUUAUGGAAAGAACAGGUGUUCCUAAUGUUUUGUACAAUUAGUGUAUGUACAGAAACUUAAUAGCACUGUAGUAUACCACCAUCAGUUCAGGUAAUCUAUUUUGAAUGCUCAAGUACAUUGGGCACUGUCAACGACAACUAGUUGAGACUUCGUGUCUGUUCGUAUUGAAACUCAUACAUUUGUUUUUUUAUGAAGUGUACAGAACAGCUGUAUUAUAGAAGUACUUUAGUUCACAAAUCCAUUUAAUUGACACUGCAUUUCACACCCUACGCCAGCCUCACUGGAGUUUAUUUCAUUAAAAAGCUUAAUGUUCAGAUAGUGA